AAGCGGAAUAAUUGUGUCUUCCCUUGGCCUUUCCAUCAUCCUCGUCGCUAUUUAUGUCCAUGUAUAUUUUUGACACGGCUGUGACUCCUACUCCCUGUUCUUAGUUCUUAUCGCUCUGUCACUAACUCCCGUCGCCAGUUGCCACUACCUUUAAAAUUUCGAAUGUUCACUCCCUCCUAACCAUAAACCCAUAAAUUAAAUUCAGUUUUUUCGUUCAAUUAAUGACUGAUUCCACGAAACUGGCCUCAAUUUCCGACCUCAAUGUCGCGAUCUGAUCUGAGCCGGCCGGCUCUCCUGUCGGUGGCGGCGCUGACAGUGGUACUGUGGCUCUCCGGCGCUGUGGUGGUGGAAUCCGCCGUGGGCGUGAACUGGGGAACGGUGUCUUUCCACAGGUUGUCCCCCACCUCCGUUGUGGGACUUUUGAAGGACAAUAAGAUUCAGAAAGUGAAGUUGUUCGAUGCCGACCCAGAUGUGCUCAAAUCUCUAAUGGGGUCUGGGAUUGAGGUCAUGAUAGGCAUCCCAAACGAUAUGCUGGCGGCGUUGAGUUCUUCUACCCUUGCCUCCGACUUGUGGGUUCGCCAGAAUGUGUCCAGAUAUGUCGGCAAAGGCGGUGCCGACAUCAGGUAUGUUGCGGUAGGAAAUGAGCCCUUCCUUUCAAGUUACUCGGGUCAAUUUCAGUCUUAUGUCAUGCCUGCUCUGCUCAAUCUACAGCAGUCACUAGCUAAAGCAAAUCUCGCAGGUUAUGUGAAGCUAGUGGUCCCUUGUAAUGCCGAUGCCUACGAGUCUUCCCUCCCUUCUCAAGGUGCCUUUCGACCUGAACUGGCCCAAAUUAUGAAUCAGCUUGUUUCAUUCCUCAACUCCAAUGGGUCCCCAUUUGUGGUCAAUAUCUAUCCCUUUCUAAGUCUAUAUGGUAACUCAGAUUUUCCACAAGACUACGCAUUCUUCGAAGGGACAACCCAUCCUGUCACAGAUGGACAAAAUGUCUACUACAAUGCAUUUGAUGGAAAUUUUGACACUUUGGUUGCAGCCCUCAACAAGAUUGGGUAUGGUCAGAUGCCUAUAGUUAUUGGGGAAGUGGGUUGGCCUACAGAUGGAGCUAUUAGUGCAAAUCUCACUGCUGCAAGGGUUUUCAACCAAGGCCUCAUAAAUCAUAUCUUAAGCAACAAAGGAACUCCUUUGAGACCAGGUAGCCCUCCUUUGGAUAUUUAUCUUUUUAGCCUGCUUGAUGAAGGGGCAAAAAGCACACUUCCUGGGAACUUUGAGAGGCACUGGGGAAUUUUCUCCUUUGACGGUCAAGCUAAAUACCCUGUGAACCUUGGUUCGGGUAAUAAGUUAUUGAAAAAUGCAAGAGAGGUGCAGUAUCUCCCAUCUAGGUGGUGUGUGGCAGACCCAUCCCGGGAUCUAUCUGCCAUGGCUAACCACAUUAAAUUGGCUUGUAGUGUUGCUGAUUGCACUACACUCGCCUAUGGAGGAUCAUGCAACGGAAUUGGGGCAAAGGGAAAUAUAUCAUAUGCCUUCAACAGUUAUUAUCAAUUGCAAAAGCAAAAUUCACAGAGCUGUGAUUUUGAUGGACUCGGGAUGGUCACUUUUCUUGACCCAUCAAUUGGUGAUUGUCGGUUUCUUGUUGGGAUAACUGAUCAUAGCAUUUCUUCAAGUAUUCAAAAAUGCUGUUGGCGAAUCAUUAUUUGGGUUUUCUUAUUGUGGGGGAUUUGGGCUAUGUAAAAUAUAUAUAUAUAUAUAUAUAUAUAUAUAUAUAUAUAUAUAUAUAUAUAUAUUCUUAAGCAGGUAUUUCAUGGCUCGUCCCUCUCUUUUACAACUAUAGAUUUCAGCAUACAAAAAAGAGUACUACAUUUAUUUAGGAACGUCCAAAAUUUUUUCAGGUCAUUUUAGAUGCCAAGUAUUAUACCCUUGUAUCGUGUAAGAAAGUAAGCUCGUGUACUGAUUGCUUAUUUGCAUAUUUAUAUUUCUACUUUAAUUAUCAAAUGCAGCGACUGUUUUUUGAUGCGUGGUAACUUCCAUACUUGAGAUUGCAGUCGGAUUAUGCAGUUCUUGAAUCG